AUGAGAAAAGUUAUCAGUGUUAAUGGAACGUGGUUGAAGGGAAAAUUCAGAGGUACGUUGUUAGUUGCCAUUGCACAGGAUAGUGAACGUCAUUGUUAUCCCAUCGCAUGGGCCAUUGUAGACUCAGAGAAUGAUGCAUCCUGGACAUGGUUCUUCUCGAACUUGAAGGUGAUUAUCACUGAUUCUGAGGAAUUAGUUUUUAUUUCUGAUAGGAAUCAAAGUAUAAGUAAUGCAUUGUCUACAGUUUAUUCAUUAGCACAUCACGGUUGUUGCACAUGGCAUGUGUCUCAAAACAUCAAGAGUAAUUUCAGAUGUAGCGGUGUUCUGCCAUUGUUCUUUAAAACCGUUGAGGCCUACCGCAUUGACGAGUUUUCUGUCUUGUUUGAUGAGUUGUCUGCAAGAUAUCCCAGUAUUGCCAAAUACCUACAGGAGAAGGUACGUUUUGAAAUGUGGUCUUGUGCUCAUUUUAAAGGAAAUCGAUAUAAUAUUAUGACCACAAACAUGUCUGAGUCAGUUAAUGCAAUGCUCAAAGAUGUUCGAGAUUACCCUGUCAUUGCCCUCUUUAAUUUUAUACAAGCGAAGAUGUCAGAGUGGUUUAAUAACAGGCGGGUCGAAGCUUCUAAAACUAAAACAUUAUUAACGCCAAGUGUGAAAAAAACUCUUCGUGAGAGGCACAACAAAGCAGGAUUUCUAAUGGCCAGAAGACUUAAUACUGUUGAGUUCCAAGUGACAGGUGGAGAGGCCACUGCAAUUGUCAAUAUUGGAGCGAGGAGUUGCACUUGUCGUGUGUUCGACCUUGAGCAGAACCCAUGCGAGCAUGCAAUAUCAUGUUGUAGAGAAGCAGUAAUGUCACUCUAUGAUUUAUGCUCAAAAUACUAUAGGACAGAAGUUUGCGCUCUUGCGUAUGCUGAGACAAUCUAUCCUGUGCCGGAUACUUUGCAAUGGGAUAUUCCGAAUCACGUAAAGGAAGUUCGCCUUCUUCCACCGCGAGUUGUACCAAAGAGGGGUAGGCCAAAGCAAAAACGCAUUCCCAGCAUAGGUGCCCUUGACCUUCUAAUCGAUAGAAGACCCCAUGCCUCGUCAAUUUGCUAUAACCAUUCACCUGGCUUCAAGAUGAUCUGGAAGAAGUCCUUCCUCCAAUCUCCAAAACCGCACUCAAUCAGCUCAGAGUCCGUACUAGAAUCAGCGAACCACUUGUUGAAGGCCUCGACUGCAUCGUUAAAGGUCCACAUCUUCUUCUUCACGUUACGUAGGGGAUCUGUGUAA